GUUCAGAGGAGGCGGGGGUGAAGGCUGGUUUAUGAGUAUGUGUGUGUGCGCGCGUCUUGUGCACACACCAUCAGCUCGGAUUUCUUUCCUGCCUGGACUAUUAUCAUUAAUAUUAUUACUAUUUUUGUCGGGGGAGGUGGCGGUGGUGGAGGGGAAAGAAGAAAUGACUUGGAAUUAAUUGCUCCGGCUGCCUUGCAUUAUUUUCCUCUCUUCACCUCACCCCCCCCCCCCCUCCCUCCCCAGGUUAGUGCGGUUGCUAACCCUCUUUUUUUUGUUUUUCGAAAAAAUUUAAAACAAAAUCCUGCAAAGAAAGGAAGAAAGUAGGGGGGAAAAAGGAGAAGGCGAAGAAAAAAAGUGAGGAGGGUUUCUUGAAACAUGACGGCGCACAUUUUCUGGUUGUUUUGGAGAAGUUCGAGCUCCUCCAUAUUGGAGAGCAAAACGACGAGCCGAGGGGGAAAAAAAACAACCGCCGCCACACCGAGGAGGAUAAAACACACACAACAAACUCCCGGCAACAACCCCACCGCCUCGGCACAUCGACAAACAGUUUGUUUUCUCUCUCUCUCUCUAGGGGAAUUUAAAUUUUCGGUGAGGAGAAAAUCUCCUCAGCACUCACCGGACAGCUCGGCGUCUCCUCUCCCGGGCCGCGCAAAAGGCGGUUAUUUUUUGAAUUUCCUUUUUACAUCAACGUUAAUAUAAAUGGUGGACUGACUUAAUUUUUAUUUUUUUUUACUUUUUGGUUGUGGGGGUGAAAGAAUUUUUUUAAAGUUGCAGGGAAUAUAUUUCCUGUAUUUUUUUAAAGGACGUAUUUAAAUUUCGCCCCCUCCCUCUGGCCAGUAUCCAUAAUAAUAUACAUUAUUUUUUCUCUGGGAGUGCUUUUUUUUGUUUUUGUUUUAUUUUUCGGUGCAUUUUCUGAAGGAAACCGGCGAGGGCCCGGCGGCCGAGGGCUUGUUCGAUGGACAGCACGUCCAUUAUAACGCAGGUCUGCAAAGAGGAUGAGAUUAUUUCAUCGUCCCAGGAAAAAGUUUCUCAGAGCGGCCUCAGCUUGAAAAAGCAGAGGAGUCGUAGCUUUUUCAGCUCGUUCUUCUGCUGCUUUCGCGACUACAAUGUGGAGUCAACAAACAGCAACAGCAACAGCAAUGUUCAGUCUCCAGCAGUGGAGGAAAAUGGGUCGAUUGCUAAGUCUGACCAGGUGCAGGUCAUCCCCAGUCCCGGUCCUCCAGCCAAAUACCUCUUACCAGAGAUGAGAGUAUCUGAUGUUGGAAAGAAAUGUGUAGUGAUCGACUUAGAUGAAACCUUAGUACAUAGUUCCUUUAAGCCUAUUAACAAUGCUGAUUUCAUUGUUCCUGUUGAAAUAGAUGGGACCGUUCACCAGGUUUAUGUGUUGAAAAGGCCGCAUGUCGACCUAUUCCUGCAAAAGAUGGGGCAGCUCUUUGAAUGUGUUCUCUUCACAGCCAGUCUAGCCAAGUAUGCAGAUCCCGUGGCAGACCUGCUGGAUCGCUGGGGUGUUUUCAGGGCCAGACUCUUCAGAGAAUCGUGCGUUUUCCACAGAGGAAACUAUGUGAAAGAUCUCAGUCGGCUAGGGAGGGACUUGAGUAAGGUCAUUAUAGUGGAUAACUCACCGGCAUCCUACAUCUUCCAUCCUGAAAACGCAGUGCCUGUGCAGUCCUGGUUCGACGACAUGUCGGACACGGAGUUGUAUGAUCUGAUCCCAUUCUUUGAAGGACUGAGCAAAGAGGAGGAUGUUUACACUAUGCUGCAGAACCUCCGUGGCAGGUAGCGACUGUGCACCAGGCAUGUCCUCCUCGCAGAUUCCUUGCGUUGAUCUUGGCCCGAUUUUUAUUUCCUACCCACACACACCCCUCCCCCUCCCCACCCCCUUUUUUUUGCAGCAUUGUGUUUCUUUUUGUAACAAGAAAGCUUCCUUCAGUUUUUUUCCCCCCAUGCCGUGCACAACUGUACUUGGAUCAGAACUGCAACCUGUGGAGUAGGAGCAGGAAGGUAUCUCCAAACGGGAAAGCACUUCGGCAGUUGCUGCCGUGAGCUCGCCACGGACACGGUGAUUGACGAUUGCUCGGCCUCUCGAAACCUGCCGUCAGAAAGUCACACAUGACCAGACUUAAAGGAAACAACUAUCAUUUAAAAAAAACACACACCACAUGGAAAACAAGGAGAAACAGUCUGCUGCAGACUGCAGUUGGAAUAUAAACCUUCUCCUUCUCUCCGCCUACCAAAAACAAGUAUUCGGGCAGUUCUGUGAUAUUUUUUUAAAAGUUUAUUUCCUCUUUGGUUUCUUUUCACAGAUAUUGCUAUGCAGACAGUCAUACUGAUCUACAGUAGCUGACCUUGUUCUGUGAUCUCCUUUUUGCAGAAUGAAGUGCCUUUUUGAAAACAGAAUUGAUAAUUUUAGACGAGAAAAAAGCAAACUUAAUUUUUUUGUACACCGCAUAUUCCAGAGAUCUUUUAUCUUUUAAUGACUGUAUGUUUUAAAACGAAAAAAAAACAAAAAUUAAUCUUUAUGAGCACUGUUAUUUAUGCUGAACACAUUGAAUUAUAAGUGCUGGGUACAAGAUUUGCAGAGCCAUUAAACUUUUAAAUUUUACAUCAAUUGGCUUAACAAUAGUUCAUGGCACCAAAUUAUAAUAUUUUUCAUUGCUAUUUUAAAUAUAGGGAUGGUAUAAGAUUACCUUGUGGGCAGCCAUUGCCGUAUGACUUGACAAGGGAAGCAGGAGUCAUGACAAGUGUCACCAGGGUACUUGGGGGAAAUGUCACUGUUCUGCCAACAGUCGCGACGGAUGUUUUUCCUCCGACUUCCCCUCCCGCCUGCCGUCCUGUCGUUUCCUCUCUGACCCCCUCUGAUUGCUGAGAGGUCUUUCUGAACCCCCCCCCCCCCCUCCACUCACAACUGUGGCUGGGCUUUUCGGUUUUAAAUGUCCAGGACUUGGGAGAAGGGCAGGGGUGGGGGUGAAGAGGAGGAGGGGAGAUGCUCGCUUUGGAUCCACUGUCUGUGCUCUUCAAGGGCAGCGGAGGUUUUUGCAAGUGGGGGCAUAUUGUACAGUGGGGAUUUCAGGGCUUUCAAGAUGCAAACUUUGCAAAUUACACCAGUGUUUUAUGUCUUGUUUCAAACCUUUUUCUCCAUGAAUGAAAGCAAAAUACUUCAUCAUAGUGAAGCAAUUUCAACACAAAGCAGUGGUUUAUCAUGUGACUUUCAUACUCACCUUGCCACCAGCUUUGUGUCUAAAACUCAGUGGGCGGGGUGGGUGGCUUGCCGCCUUUUAUUGAAGCUGGGGUUCAGGGCCAAGAGACGGUGUUGCUUUUGUGUUGCCCCACUAGGUGAGUGAGGUUUUCUACCGAAUCGGAAGACACGAGAUUGUCAUGGGUUUUGUUUCUGUCUCCCGCCCACCACCACCUCCUCUCGCACAGGAUCAGGAGCCGGCUGACUGACUGACCUCGGGAGCCACAUUUGUGUCCGAGCUGAUCUGGGGCUCAGCUCCCCGUAACUCUGCGCCGCCCCCCCCCCCCCCAAUCCCCAGAGCCAUGAGUCCUUUCCCAGCCUAGAGAAACUACUCAGGCUCGGGGCUGAGCCCUGUCGCUUCCUCCCUGACUCUGACCCCUCUCUAGCCGGUGACCGUGACCCAGGUCAGCGACACCCGCCUUGUACCCUUGCCCGUGGGGUUGAAACGGGCCGCCAGUGCUGUCCCGCAGUUUAACGUGGCAAGUUGCCCGCCGUCAGUAGUUGGCGCGACUGCAUUUUAUAUUGGUGGUUGGCUCCCUAACAGUGCUCGAAAGGGGCAGUGAUCUCUACAAAACUCGGCUUGCUCCAAUGGCUUGACUUGCCUCUGUCCUGGUUUGCCAGCAAGAUAUAUAUUUAUAUAGAGAGAGACAAAUAGAGGCCCUUCGGCCCGUCAUGUCCCUGCUGAUCCUCAAGUACUCCAUUCCCCAGCACUUGGUCCGUGACCUUGGCGAUUCAAGGGCUGGCCCAGGUGAGAGGUCGGUUGGUAUUCACAGUGCCCGCCCGGCCCCUGCUUCCUGGCGGUGGUGGCAAGCGAGCUGGGCGGUGGAAUCGGCCACACAUGCCGGCGUCGGGGACCGAGGGGGUGCAGACUCGUGUGUGUGAGUGCAGCGAUCCCUGUAAAACGAUGAGUGCUCUCGGAGGAAGAGGAUAGAAAGGUCACCCAGCGCUGUGUUCCUCGGGGAGAAUGAUGUUCCCGAAACGCCAGGCUGUAUCCACACAAUGUAGCAAGCCAUGGCAAUGAGCGUGGUGUGGGGCGGGCAGUACAACAGGGUCCCCGCCUCUCCCAUAGGGUCAGGAGUCGGCUGACUGACCUCGGGAGCCCGCUGUACCACUCGGCCACAUUGUGUUGAUCUCGGGCACAGGGUGUACCCGCAGCAGCCAGGGUUAUUACCAGAGCCCUUUGCCGCGUUCCCUGCAGACUGUCUCAGAGGCUGAGAGCAGACACCAUCCCACUUGGAGGAGACCAUUUAGUCUCCCUGUUGGCCGUCCCGCUCUCUGCAGUCUUCCUGAACCGAUUCCAUCAUUUAAACCUGUCACUGACCCUGUUUCCCCACAGAUGGGCAUGCUGGCCGUGUCUCUGCCCCCCCCCCCCCCGUUCCCCGUCUCUCGCCAGUGAAGGCUGGGUUGCAAUGUCGACCCUUUUGCACUGAUAAUGGAGACACAAGAGACUGCAGUUGCUGGGAUCCGGAGCAACAAACAAUCUGCUGGAGAAACUCGGGCAGCAUCUGUGGAGGGAAAUGGACUCGACGUUCCGGAUUGAGACUCUCCAGCAGUUUGUUUUGCUUGAGGGGCCAGUUUUUAAACCAAGUUCUCUUGUCGCUUACUGGGAAUACAUUAUGUGUCACACAGCAAGUGUUCUUGCUUGGGGGUAGGGUCCUCGUCGCGGUCUUUACCCAGAGUUGCUGUCUGCACACUGCCCCCAGGUCGGAUGGAUCCAAUGCUUGCUGUCAUCUUGUGGUUUCCGAAGCGCUGUUGGCAGCCCAGCCUCGCCGUUUCAAACCGUUCCCCAUCACUGAAUCACCUCCAGCCGACUCCGGCCACUUCACCUGAUUACCAUUUCCCACAGCAGCCCCUCCUCUCCCCCCCCCCCCUCCCCCCAGCUGCUGCAGAGGUGGCGAUUUCCUCCUUAUAUAAUUGUCUCAAACCAAAGUGUGGCGUGCACUGAACUUCAGUCUGUAACCAGAGGGCACAGUGGCACUUCUCCUUCCAGCACUUUCCUCGGGGCUGGCAAGUUGUUAGAAUUAUUUUUAAACAGUCAGGCUUUUCAAACAUUAACCCUCCCCUCUUCCGAGUUUAGCACCCCAGGCUGCUCUCUAACGUGCGCCCUCUUCAUUGGGCGGCGACUUGCUUUUGUUAAACGAACUGUGUUUCAGAAAUGUUUUUUUUACCUCUGCCCUAAUGUAUAGUCACAGAGGCGAAACAAAUGUGCCAACAUUCUGGUGUUGCUGCUGUGUGUGUUUGUGUGUGUGUGUCCAGUCAGGAAAGGCUGGGUAACCAACUGUCAGGGUCAUUGUAAUCUCUAACUUCUAUUCCCUUGGAGGCAUUAACAUUGCGUUUGUAUCGUGACACCAGGUAUACAAUGAUCUGGGUUGGUUUGAGGUUGUGUGUGUGUGUGUGUGUGUACGUGUACAAUAUACUAUGGUGUCAAUGUAAGAGGCACAUACUCGGCCAGUUAGCUAAACAUCACUUUGUUUUUGUUUUAAAGGCUAAUUCUGUCCAUCUCUUUUCUAACAUAACCUGUUGGGCCCAAACCAAUGGUUUAUCCUCUCCAUUUUCCUCGUAGAAUCUUGGUCAAUAAAUGAACCACUUGCCUUAAAAUCCAAUAGAUGAAUGUUAGUACAAAGUAAUUUCUGUUCAAGACACAAGAUGUAUAAACUCUCUCUACGGUGAUCUCCACCAAGCAGUUGCUUUUUUCGAAAGGCACGGGAUUGUACAGGGAGCACAAUACUGGCCAGCUGUUCCGAGGGCAAAUUUUGGCAUUCCGUUAAUCUUUAAACUUGUAAACUCUUCAGCUGUUUUUUUAAAACAUAAAUCCGGUGUUCGGUGCCUCAGAUUCCAAAGGUGCUCCAAAGGACGCUUGCCUGGUCAAUGAUUGCCUGGGGGAUUGCGGGCGGGUGGGGUGAGAAAGGAGAGGGUAACUAUGCAAAACAAGCGAUGCAGACCAGGGGAAUCUUCCACACGUCCUUUCCAUCUGGUUAGAUCGUUCCCCUGCCUCCUCCGGACGGGGCGAAAGAACCGUGUGCUUGUGGCGUUGGCAACAGGGACAGGAGUGGAGGGGAAAGGCGGCAGGAGGAGGGGGUGGUGAAUGACUUGUUUUUCAUGGUUUGUGGUUCUGGAGUCGGUGACACUUUUCCACUUUGAUCAGCAAUACUUGAGAAACACUAUGAGUUUGAGGGAAGAAACACUUGUUACUGUCGGUUACUGAAUAAAUCUGUUUCUUUACUUUCGCCAAUAAAAUAAACUUUUAAACAA